GCCAAAGUUAAUGAUGAAUCUGUUCAGCCACGAGUUGAAGAGAUCAAGGAGAAGUUAAAGAUGUUUGAGAGACAAGAUAUCUUUAACUUUGAUGAAACUAGUCUCUUUUACAAGCAGCCCCCAACAAGAACAAUCUCAGGUCAAGCAGUUUCUUGUCUCAAGGCUGACAAGAUGCGUUUAACAGUUGGAUUGCUCUGUAACUCGGAUGGUUCACUUAAGUUUGAUCCAAUCAUUAUUGGAAAACAUGCUAAAUCUCACUGUUUCAACAAGAAA